AUGCCCAACCAGGCAGCUUAUCUGCCGGCUGCUCUGGCCAAGGGGACAUACAAUAAACAAGAAUUCAUCCAUAAUGGCUGUCACAUCGACCACAAGAUCGUAGUGCUCUACACCCCCUCCGUCCCCUUCGCCCCAUCCUCCGUCUGCGGCUUCUUCCUCAUAUCUACGCAACCCAUGAACCACGAGAAGACAAAGGAAACCCCACAAAUCCCCGCCGCGAAGUAG